CGUCUCCGUCUACAAACUGUGCCGCUUCUUCGCCAUGUCGGGCGCGGAGAGGCUGGCGGUGCCCGAGUGCGUGAGCCAGGCAGGGUGCUGGGCCGGUGCUGGCAGCUCCGGGGAGCGCCGUGAGGUUUCUCCCGGGGUGAACACGGACGUACGGGCGGCCCUGGACCGCAUCCUGCCCGCCCUGCAGCACUCCAUCGCCUGCGCCAAGCAGGCGGCCGGCCCCGCCGAGCUGAGGAAGGCCAUCGGCGAGGUUUUCCAGCUGGUGGAGGAGGCCUGGGGGAUGCCCACGCUGGGGAGGGACGUGGCCAAAGUGCUGUGCGACGUGAUCCGCCUGGAGGGAGGCCUGGACCUGCUGCUCAACCUGCUCUACACGGCGGAACUGGAGACCAAGUGCCAGGCGGGGAAGCUCCUGGAGCAGAUCCUGGUGGCAGAAAACAGGGAUCGGAUCGCUCGGAUCGGUCUGGGGGUGAUCCUGAAUUUAGCCAAGGAGCGGGACAUCCCCCCACUGGCGCAGAGCGUCUCCGGGAUCCUGGAGCACAUGUUCAAGCACACCGAGGAGACCUGCUCCCAGCUCAUCUCCGACGGGGGCCUGGAUGCCAUCCUCUACUGGUGCCGCUGGACGGACCCCGUCGUGCUGCGGCACUGCGCCAUGGCCUUGGCCAACUGCGCCAUGCACGGCGGGCAGGCCAACCAGCGCCUGAUGAUCGAGAAGAGGACGGCCGAGUGGCUUUUCCCGUUGGUGUUCUCACGGGACGACGAACUGAUCCGCCUGCACGCCUGCCUGGCCAUCACGGUGCUGGCCACCAACAAGGAGAUCGAGAAGGAGGUGGAGCGCUCGGGGACGCUGGCGCUCGUGGAGCCCUUCAUCGCCUCGCUGGACCCGGAGCGCUUCGCGUGCCGCAUGCUGGGCAGCAGCGACAACAGCCAGGGCAGGACGGCCGAGGACCUGCAGCGCCUGGUCCCCUUGCUGGACAGCUCGAGGCUGGAGGCACAGUGCAUCGCUGCCUUCUACCUCUGCGCCGAGGCUGCCAUCAAAACCAGGCAGAAGCAAACGAAGAUUUUCAGCGAGAUCGGGGCCACGCAGAGCCUGAAGCGGGUGGUGUGCUACUCCACCAGCAGCACCACCUCCUCCCUGGCCAAAAAGGUGCUGCGCAUGAUAGGGGAGGAGGUUCCUCGGCGCAUCCUGCCCACGGUGCCCAACUGGAAGCCCUGCGAGGUGCAGACGUGGCUGCAGCAGAUCGGAUUCAACAAAUACUGCCAGAGCUUCCUGGACCACCAGGUGGACGGGGACAUUCUCCUCAGGCUGACGGAGGAGGAGCUGCAGGAGGACCUGGGGAUGGCCUCCAGCAUCACCCGUAAGAGGUACGAGUGCUACCAGGGCACGCUGGCCUCACACAGAGUCAUCACCAUGCUGGCAGAGCCAAGGAGAAGGCGUGUGCCUCUUGCAAGGACAAGAAGAGGGAUUCCCCGAAUGGGAAACCCGGACUGCCAGGGCUUUUCCGGAGCAGUAUGUGACCCAGAGGAUGCGACGUGCAGGUUUUUCCGGGAGCUGACGGAGCUGAAAACCUUCGCCAACUACUCCACCUGCGACCGCAGCAACCUGGCCGACUGGCUGGGCGGCAUCGACCCCAAGUUCCGGCAGUACACCUACAACCUGCUGACCUGCGGCAUCAACCGCAGCUUCCUGCACCGCGUGACAGAGCAGCAGCUGCAGGACGACUGCCACAUCGCCACCGGCUUCCACCGCGUCCGCAUCCUCUCCGCUGCAAGGGAAAUGCUUCACUCCCCUAUAACGCUGCAAACUGCGUCGGAUGGGACCGAUGUGUUUAUCAGCUACCGGAGGAGCACCGGCUCGCAGCUGGCCAGCCUGCUGAAGGUCCACCUGCAGCUGCACGGCUUCAGCGUCUUCAUCGACGUGGAGAAGCUGGAGGCAGGGAAGUUCGAGGACAAGCUGAUCCAGAGCGUCCUGAGCGCCCGCAACUUUGUGCUGGUCCUCUCGCCCAACGCGCUGGAUAAGUGUAUGGCAGACCCCGAGUGCAAAGACUGGGUGCACAAGGAGAUUGUGACGGCCCUGAACUCUGGAAAGAACAUUGUACCCGUUACAGACCAUUUUGAGUGGCCUGACCCAGAAACCCUUCCCAAGGACAUGAGGGCUGUCCUGAAAUUUAAUGGCAUCAAAUGGUCCCACGAGUACCAGGAGGCCACAAUCGACAAAAUCAUCCGCUUUCUCCAGGGCCGGUCCUCCCGGGACUCUUCGGCGGGGUCGGAGAAUGGCCUGGACUGUUUGCCCUCUCUCGGGCAGACCUAGGAGCAGCACGGCUGCCUCAGCCCCUCCGGAGACUUUCCAGGUGACCCCUUUUCACAUGGGGCCAAGUUUCUCCCUCUAGAUUUUCCCCCAUCCUAGUACCACCCCUACCCUCUCUCCCUCAGGACCUGCCCCACCUCUUGGCUUGAGACCAGGCCGUGACUCAGGCAGCCAUGGGGCGUUAGCCCCCCUCCACCCUCCAAAUGCAAGCCCUUGGGGCUGAAAGGCCAGCGCUCCCUCGUAGGGUGCCCGGUGAGCCUCCAGGGCAGCCCCUGGGACAGACAAGCCAUCUUUCAAGCCAUCCCUUGGGGCAGCAGGACUUGCAGGCUGAGCCGCCCACAGCACAGCGGGUGCAGGAGGGACCAGGACAGUCCAGCCCCCUGCAGAAGGCUGCAGCUCCCCCCAGAGAUGCACCCAAAGAGGAGGCACCUCCCAAGGAGCAAAAGCUGUAGGAUUUUCAAGGGGUUUGUUGCAGGAGGACAUGGGAGAGAGCACUUGGGAGGAAACGGUCUGUAAGCAUCUCAUGGCCUCUGCUGGGUGCUGCAGGAACAUCGUUGUGCUUAGGUGUGGGUGGGAAAGAGCAAAUAAAAGCUAAGCCCUAACAAAAUCCCCGUGUUUGGGAAAGAUAACACACACAGGCCUUCUAAACUGCUCGGCAGAAGCUUUCUCUUCCCCAGCAAUAUCCCUUUAUUACCCGAGCUUGCUCCCUCCUCGAGGCCUUUCUCCUCCUAAUGCUGCAAAACCACUUUGUGCUCUUAGCUCUGGUGACAGAAGUUUGGCUUUAGAUCACAGGAAGUUUCCAAAGGGUCUUUACAAAAAGUGCUUUUAAAACACCACCUUUCCCUCCAUCCGGUGUCUCAGCUUUACACACGAUCAGGUGCCUUUAUUUAUCCGUAAGGCACAGGAGGCUGGAUUGCGACUCUGCAAAACGUAUAUCCACGCAGAUACGGAAGAUGCUAACUGCUGUACUGUACUUGUGGAGAUGUUUUACACUGGCUGCAUUGUAUUCUGUUGUCGGUGCUCCACAGCAGAUCUCCUACGGUCUGUUCCUUUGAGCAGGGGCUGGCACAUCCCUUUGCUGACAAGCACUUACCCCGACAGCCCUGGCUAAGCUCCUCCGGCUCAGGGACGUCCCCACGCUGCUGGAUGCAAUACCAAAUAGCACUUGUUUCCUUCUACUAGCCUCUUCCCAACACCCACCAGAUCUUUUUGUAGCUACUCACCACGAAAUAGCAGGUAAGAGCCGACGUUGACGCAAAGGGCAGGUGGAGGCUGCUAGGUGUGAGCACAGGCUGAGAGCAACCCGACACGCCUCUGAAUUCUGCCCUCCUGGCCUUGUCCUGCUUCUCACACCUGCUCGGAGGGUGAUCAGGCUUUCGACAACAUGGCAUUUUGCAAUUAGGACCAGACACUGCAACUCCCACCCGAGUUCUUCUUUUUUGGUGCAGAGCAAAGUUAAUAACGCGAAAGACUUCCUCAUUCAGGACACACUCAAGAGCAAGUGCAAGCCAUGCCCAGGGAUCACCAGCCUGCCCAGCACUCCGGGGAUCAGGCUGAUGCAAUAGAAGAAAAUUCCUCAGCCUGUCCCUGCUCAGGUUAACCCACCCUUUCCAGGAGACAAUGAGGAGGCACAGCUACAUUCCAGCCCACAAGCACUCACCUUGGCUCUCCGUGAAGCCUCGCUACCUGCCUUAGCUGGCAUGAACAUUAACACAUUUCCUUUUGGCUUGCAUUUAUGAGCAUAUCAUAAGAAGAAAAGUAAGUUAAAUUCUGGUGCUUAAUCAGAGCUUUAUGGAUAGCUCUUAUCAGCUCACAGAUAAUGGCAUCUUUGCUCUCCAAUGAAAGGUUAAUAGCUAGGUCUGCCCAGCAUUCACCAGAAAUAGCAUCACCUAAUCUUCAGAUUAAGUACGAGGAAGGCAGCAGAUGAGCCCAAAGGUGAAUCUGCCAAAGGAUAAAAGCAACUUGUGAGCCGCUUCAGGGAAAAAUCCUGAGUAAUUUAUUGAAGGUCAAGGUCUCUGUGGCCAUUAAAGGAGUACCACACAAACAGUCUAGAGGAUUUUUCUCUCUACAAUAAUACAUGGUAAGAUUCUCAUGUCUUGUGUCCCAGGAGCUCUCUAGCAUUUAACCUCCUCACCCUCCACUCAACAGACAAGAUUUAGUUGUCCUCUACAGCUUCAGUGUCCUACCUGCAAUGAGAUCACACCCCAUGCCCUAGCUGCCCAGACUGUAACUCAUCCUGUUUCCCUGUUACGCGAUUAUCUUCACCCUGAUGAACUCACCGCUCUUGACAAAACAUCCCAUGCCCAUCCACUUCCAGACAAAGCAGACAUCCCCAAAGAGAUUAUAGAAUAUCUGAGUUGGAAGGGACCCACUAGGAUCAUUGAGUCCAACUCCUAAAAUAAAUGCUUCUGUUCUCACCCUUCCUUAUCCCUUUGCCAUGCCAUGUCAGAAAGUAUUUAAAGCUGUUCUAUUGGACAUUAUUAAUAAAUUUGGUUUAUACUCUAAAUCCCAACCUCUUUUAUGUUUGUGUCACAUGCUUCUUUCCCCGCAGCCUUCUCACAUUUGCUCUCUUCCUGUCACGCUCUCUCAUAUGCUGACAGGGCCGGGCUUGCUGGCAGCAGAAUUCACAUUUUCCAGGCACCAUUCUCUGCGGGGUUCACACUUCAGGUUCAUCUUGCAUGGGCUGAUGUAGCUCACUGCAACCCCAGGGACUCUCUACCUGCUGCCCACGCUCACAAUGCAUGGAUCAUGCACUUGCUUGUAGUUCUUGGAGGAGAGCCUAGAAAAACUUCAAUUUUUCUAAUAGGGCUUAACAGUUCCUAUUGAAUUUUGCCUUUGCAAGCACCCUGACACAAACAGCAAAGCAGAGCCAGUACACAAGUUUCACUUCACUGCGCAACAUUUAGCAGCUGCUACCAUUGGAGUCUGUGGAAUCUGUUGGUGGAGAAGAAACUUGCCUCACAACUGACUCAGCUACAAACAUCUAAUGCAACACUCACAGCAUGCCCUGAUCCUGGGGGAGGAUAAUUCUGGGCUUAGCCCAUGAAUCAGACAAGUAACUCCUGCCUACAUCCACCGGCACAGCUACACAGACCAAGUGGCAUAACAAAUAAGGUCUCAGUCUUCCUACUUCUCCACCUCCUGCUUCCUUACUCCCGAGUUCUGCUCUUAUCACAAACUCCUAACGAACAGGGAAUGACGUUGUAUAAGCAUUUCACAUUUACUGCAUAUUUAAGGACAGGUUACAUGCUAUGCACUGCUGCAAGCUUUACUCUGGUGUUCAGGAAAAGCAAGUUAUGGUUGCUCGCAAGUCCCAAAACUGCAUUCUUCCUGAUCCAGCUCCCUCACAUGCUCAUUCUUCACACAGCAGACAACUUCCUGCUGUGGCUUCUUUACUACAAAUUCCUCAGUAAAAGGAGAAGUAU